CGAGCAUGUCGUCUUCCUUCUUCCUUCGCCUCUUCAUCAUUUAGCAACCUUCUUUUUCGAUACUUCUACGCUUAUGUCUUUGUUUCACCCGCAAUCACCAGUCAUGUCUGCCGACUCGCAGGCUCUGACCAAGCGUCAAAGCGAAACCAGCCUUAUGCCCCCGCCGCCGCCACCCAAGCGUAUCAAGCGGCCGGCCACUGUGUUGGACGAAGAUAUCUACACCAAUGCUCUGUCGGAGAUUAUCGCGCGUGAUUAUUUUCCCGGUCUCCUGGAGGCCCAGGUGAAGCAAGAGUACUUGGAUGCGCUUGAUUCGAAAAACAAACAAUGGAUCGCAAGCUCCAAGAAGAAAUUGACCGACCUGUUGAAGACACCGGGAAGAGCUCGAUCGUAUUCCGGAUCAGCCAAUAUGACACCACGAGCCACCAAUUCGGGACGCCCUGAAGACACCCCGAUGGGCUGGGGUGGAGAUACACCGAUGUCAGUCAUGUCAACAACUUCGUCAUCUACUACACCCAACGUCGACCAUGCUACGAUACCGGAUGUGUCUCGCCUUGGGCUGCUAGAGUUCCAGGCCAAAUAUACGAGUGAAGAUAAUGAGUCGUUCAACAAGCUGCUCGAUAAACAAAAUGAAAAGCACCGCGAGAGAUAUAAAUGGUUGUGGAGUGGGAAUAAAAUACCGACUGCUAGACAGAUUGCGCAUCGGCGGCAAGAAGCUAAGCGAAUUGAGGCACAAGGGGGUAACCCAGAUCAGCUCAAGCAGGUGGCCAUAAAGACUGACCUGGACGCCCGGCCCGCAAAUCCAGAUACCUGGAAGACUCAACCCGAGAACUCGCUCAUGUUUGCGCCUUCUUCCAUAGAGGACUCUUAUGAAACUAUACAGCAAAAAGCCGAAGCAUCAUCGCGCGCAGGGCCCAAGCGGGUAGUGUUUCAGAACACACGGUUACCAGAUGAGAGCGUCCAGCAGACGUCAUCUGCCACAAAUGCACCCCCGCCCUCACCUUCGAUAUCGGCCAUUAAAGAUGCUAUUGCCGGACACCCUCGCCCCACCGAAUCUGAAGCAGUAUAUACAGGGGGUGAGACGCCACGAGUGAAUGGGUAUGCCUUUGUUGAUGAGGAUGAGCCUGAAUAUCCCCUCGCUUCAUCAAAUGACAAUAACGAUUCUGCGAUUUCUCUGGAUGAUAUUCGCCUGCUUGGCGGCAGUGAUGCCACACCGAAUCCUUUUGAGAUCAAAGAAAACCGGAGACGAGAAGAUAUUCACCACCGCAUGGUAGAUCGCGUAGCGAGGUCUAAGCGAGCGGAGAAGUCCCUUCGCGAAACAAAGACCCCUGUAACGCCACGGUUCGCCAGCAGCCCACGACUGGACUUUGGUUUGCGCACCCCAAGUGCAGCUACGCCAGGAGGGAGGACGAACAAAGCGUUGACUCCCGCAGCACAGAAGUUACUUCACCAGGUGGGAAGUACGCCUCGUCUAGCGGCAUCGUCCUCAAGUUCAUCUCUGAGGAACAUGUGGACACCGACCCCGAAAAGGGGCAAAUAAUGUGGUGUCUGCUUUCAUACAAAUUUCUCUCUUUCCUUCUGAAAGCAAAAUGAGUUAGCGCUUGUGUUUCGACUUGACAUUAUUAGAUACCAGGGAUUAUCGCGGCGUCAUGAAAGGGGAUUAUAUGCUAUCAUGAGUUAAUGGUUAGAAGGGUUCGACAUUUUUACUACAACAGUUGCCGUCUACAUUUGGGCAUCUGUCAUAUGGCAAUGUAUAUACUAAUUCAAAAUUGUG